UGUGCCCUGCCGAUCGAGUCCAGCACUGCUCUUCCUUCUGUGCCUUGAGCGACCGGCACCGCUGUGAUCACCGUCGUUGGUGUCGUUGGCACUAGUAUAUCGACCUUGCGCUGCCGCCGCCCCCUGCAGCCCGCUUCACUUCAGCGCCCUUCAAAGCCAUAGCCUCGUAUCGACUUGAACUGUGUGUGGAUUCUGAAUAAAUGACCGUCCCCGCAAUCGUCAUCAAGCACCUGAGGAAAGAAUACCAUCUGCCCGAUGGCGAGGUCAUCACCGCCCUCAAUGACAUCCACCUCAGCGACGACUCGGACUUUGAUCCCAUCGGCCAGGGCGAGUUUGUGAUGCUCCGGGGGCCCUCUGGAGGCGGCAAGACUAGCCUGCUCAACAUCCUCGGCACCAUCGACACCCUGACACAGGGAAACAUUGAGAUCCUGGGGCACCAGAUCGACAACCGAUGCACAGAUCGGUUCCUCUCGAACCUGCGUCUGCGACAGAUCGGGUUUGUUUUCCAGACAUUCAACUUGCUUUCAACGAUGACGGCCCUCGAGAAUGUCGAGCUUCCGAUGGCGAUUGCGAACGAGCUGGACGAACGACAGCGGCGCGAACGAGCGCUCGAGUUGCUGGCGAUGGUUGGCCUGCGGGAUCGAGUCAACCACCUCCCUUCCGAGCUCUCUGGAGGCGAACAGCAGCGGGUCACCAUUGCAAGGGCGCUCUCGAACAGACCUCAGAUCCUGUUGAUGGACGAGCCAACCGGUGAUCUCGACAGCAGCAACACCAUUGACGUCAUGGACCUGAUCCUGCGCAUCAACCAGCAGGACAAAGUAACGAUCGUCAUGGUCACUCACAACCCCGACGUCGAGUGUUAUGCCAACCGAUUGCUCUAUCUCGAAGACGGCGUCAUUGUCAAGCAGGCUGUCAACAAGAUUCAAGUGCCCCUUAUCCUUCAAGACUACCAGCGGUAUUUGUCCAGCAAGGACCAAUAACGGCUGGCAUUAUGGCUAUCUUUGGGAAUGCCUCGUGCAGGCGAGAAAAGGGAUACCCAUCGAGUCCACGGAGACUCGGGUUCACCAAGCACUUUGAGUCAUUCCACCACCAGAGAUGCCCAAGACCCAGAACACAGCCAGCGAGUCGUUC